AUGUCUGCUGCUAGCCUUUCCCCCGUGCUACGUUGAAUACUUGAAUAGUAUCCACGUUGGCUCUGCAGCAUGGCAAUACAUGGCACUUUGCGGCUGCCUUAAGACGUUGUCAGGAUAGUUCUGUUCCCGUCUUCGCCGUUGCCCCGCUGUUGAUCGCCGCCACGACCACGUUUGUCACUAAAUAAUAAUUACACACUGUCGACGGCUGUGUUCUGCUCUCAACCGAAAGGCGGUCGCCGGCGUGGGCCAAAAGAAAUGGACGAUGAAAUCAUUGACGUGAUCACCGAAUGUAGUUUCGAUUACUUAGAAUCCCUGUACGAACCGUGGAACAAAACCGAAACGACGUACAACCGAAUCAGCCCCCAAUGGUUAAUACAGCUUGCAGACGAUUGGAAUUCUGAGCAUAAUGAAUGCAAAGAUGUGAUCAGCGUAAAGCGAGAAUCUAGGAAACUGAAGAAACGUUUGUCGGAAGACGCUUGUGAUGAAUCCAAGUACAGAGAAAUUCUCAACAAAUACAAAGAAAACGAUGUGUUUGUGUUGCCAAACGGCGAAGAGCUGGUCAGGGUGCGAAAAGAUUCAAACUCUGAAUCGGAAAUCGAUAUUAUGGAAGGAGAAUCUAUGAAUAAUAAUAAUAAUAGUACAGACUGGCGAUCAAUUAAGUCUAAUGUUUACGGCAGUAGAGACAUAGAGAGUUUACCAGCUCCGACUCGUGAAAAACACUUAGACAAUAAUAUUAUCACAGCAGACGAAAGGUGUUUUCAUCCAAACAUAUUUGGAAAAAAAGAUGACAAAAAAUAUUUAAAAAUAAGAAACACAAUAUUAGAACUGUGGAAAGUAAAUAAACCGGAUUACGUUUCAAAAACAUUGGCAAAACAAAAACUAAAAAAAUGCGGCACUGCCAAAGAAGUAGGCCAAGUGCAUACGUAUUUAGAACAUAAAGGAUAUAUCAAUUUUGGUUGCGAUGAAUGUAAAUACAAUAAACAUAUUAAAAAGGAAUCCAAUGUGAGGAGAAAUAGAGAACUAAAAACGAAUUACAAUCUUAAACCCAUUAUCGCCGGAAGAUAUAAUAAAUCCUAUAAAAAAAUAAAGGAAUUAGGCGGCUAUACGAUAAGUCACGAAAAAAUCACAGCCCCCCAAUGGGAACACAACUAUUCGGUUUCAAAACAACGUCGCUGUUGAUCACUUAUUUGUUAAAGUAAAAGCACAAGGCUGUGAAUUAUUGUAUUUACGCAACUACGCUAAUAUGUAUUUGCAAAUAUGAUUUAACGUAAAUUAUGUAUAGGUAACUUUAACUCUUUCUUGUUUUUUUUUUUGUUAAGAACGUGAUAAUAUUGUUAGUUACUUUCUAAACACAAACUUUUUAUAAAUGCAACUUAAUAUUGUAACAAUGGCUUUUUACCUGACUUAUUAUUCAAUGUUAUAUUAUGAUACGAGUGCAAGUUGGACGUGGAAAUGACACAAUAUGACUAAUACUUUUGAGGGUUGAGUUUGUGAGAGAGAUAUUGUGUUGUCGUUUUCAUUGUCGAUAAGUUGCCGUUAAUGAGCUUAGAUUCUUUUUGUAGACAUCCGCUUGAGACAUUACCAACUAAGAAUAUUGAUUUACAAAAAUUGUUCAACAUUUUGAACAUCUAUUUAUGUAUUUAAAUAUUUUCAAACAAACAUUGUUUGUUUCAGAUCAUAACCGGUAUUUUAAUGAACUAAGAGUCUAGCUGUAAAAAUAUUUGUUAUGAGUUAUUGUGUUAGGUAGAUAUUUUUUUAUUUAUAUAAUAAAUUACAUUAUUUUAAUGUUUUUGUAUGAAUCUAAUAAUUAUACCCAUUAUAACAUAAUAACAAAAUUGUGUCUUUAAAUAAAAAGAAACUUUUCAUAAAUUUGA